AUGGGCGAUAGACCCAACAACGAAGCUCUAAUGACGCCCUUCAAACCACCGCGCAAGAUCGAUCGACCAACCCCUUCCACCUCAACGCCUCAACGCCUCAUCUCAAAAAGACGACGUCGUACAAGCUCAUGCGAUUCAGAGUCCCCCGAACCAAUCUAUGAUUCCAACUCUGCCACCUCUGAUUCGGACGAAGAAGACGAAAAUCAAGAUCUACCCCGUCCAACUUACCCACUUACACCUCCUACUUCCUCACCACCACUCAAUCCACAUGAAGAUCAGGACCCCCACUCGGACUCGGACUCGGAUUCCCUCCUUCGUGUAUCAGCAUACGAUCUUCUACUCGCUCGGAUUCGUGAACGACGCGUUGGAGUGGAGAAGAGUAGAGGUGUUGAAGGGGUUGGGGAGGUUAAGGGAACGAAAAAGGAGAGGGGGUAUGAGAUGGAGCGAGUUAAGAAAAGACCUUUUAUCGCUCCUGCUGUGGCGCUGAAGGAAGAGGAGGAGGAGGAGGAGGAGAAAGAAGAGGUUCAGCGGGUAGGGGAAAUGGGGAUGAAAGUGAAGAUGAGACCAAUGCCAAAUUCGGAGGUGGAGAUGGGGAUGGGGAGCGAGGGGAAUGACUCGGAUUCGAGUGGGGAGUUGAGGGCGAAGAAGCGUGAGGUGUUUGUGGGGGAAGCUUACAAGAGGCCGCGUCGAGUCGAAAUUUCGGAGUUGGCGAUUGAUCGACAAGAUCAUUCGAACCGUAUCAUUAAACAUAAAGGCGACUCCAGCUAUGCUAUGCCAGACGAAGAACGGCUCGACUCUCAGGGAUCUCAGGAGGAUUGGCUGCCGAGCCCAGAGCAGGUCUUCGGGAUAGGCAGGGGUUACAGCAAGUCAACAAGCGAUUCUGAGGCAUCAUAG